AUAUCAUACAUGAUGUAGUCGAAAACCAAGAGCAGUAACAUUACAGUCACUGCUUAGUUUUCAUUUCUGGGAACAUUUUCUUAAAGCUACAACGUGUUAAAUAUUUGCUGAUAUUUAUUUAAAUACGGUACAGCUGAUAUAACCAUGGCAGAAUCGUCGCCGCUUUCAGGGGUUAAUGUUGUUCUGGUUAUGGCCUAUGGAAGCUUGGUAUUUGUGCUGCUGUUCAUCUUCGUCAAGAGGCAAAUAAUGCGCUUUGCUAUGAGAUCCCGCCGCGGGCCACAUGCACCUAUUGGACACAAUGCACCUAAGGGUUUAAGGGAGAAGAUCGACUUCAGACUGUCCAAGGUUCAAGAGAUCCGCUUUGAACCUCGUCUCCUGUCAGAAGAAGACGACAGGCUGAAGCAAGGAUCACAAAUCAGUUGCUAUAAUUACCUGUACAGAAUGAAAGCUCUGGAUGCCAUCCGUGACUCAGGAAUUCCUCUUCUGGAGAUAAGCCGUAGUCCCAGUGCUUUUACUGGACGUAACUUCAGGAACUGGCUGCUGGAGCUGCGUAACUCUCACUCUCUGAUCAAGAGCAGCCGCAGCGCACUCAUUGACCGCUUGCUGGAGGGCUACGACAGCGCGCGCCACGGGACCGGGGUGUUUGGGGAAGCAGAGUUUCUUGAAUACCAGCAGGCUCUCGAUGAACUAGCCGAUGUGGUGAAGGCCUAUUCCAGCACCACCAGCCUGGACCAGCAUCACCAGUCUGCAGCCAAGGACCUGACAGGCUCUCCUGUCCGCAGCACUCCCUCCACCAUCCAGGUCACAUACCUGCCCUCCACCGGCCAGCGCAGCAAGAGGCCCAAACACUUUCUGGAGCUUAAAAGUUUCAAAGAUAACUACAACACACUAGAGAGCACACUGUGAGAGACUGCUGUUAAAGACUCAACUGUGUAUCCAUGUGUGCACAGCGAUUACACCGGGAAAACAAAACCAGGAAACAAAAAGACUUUGUUUUCAAGCCGAGUUCAUCUGUGGUGAAAAAUCUUGACUCACAAAUUAAGUUUGGUAAAGUGUUUCUUUCCAGUAUGUUCAGACAGGGCAUUGUCUAUUGUUAGCAUUGUCAUACACACCAUUUUUCAAGUAAUUUAGGACAAUUAUGUUGAUGUCACAUUUUUUAAUCUACUGUCAACAUCUCACAGUCUCACCAUUUCUUCUGACAAUGGUGAAGCUGUUAUGGAUUCAUGGUUGACACAAGGCCUUUGUUCUUAUUUUGGACCUAUUAAGUUUGUUGGGAAGACAAAUAUGAUUGUAGCCCACCUGGUGAGUUUUUCACUGUCAUUGUCAUUUUUGUAAACGGCAAGAGUAACAGCAAGUUACCUGGAUUAAUAUUUAUUUUGACUCCAAUGUCCAAAUGUAAAUAUGAAUGUACCUUUUUGAUUCAUUGUGUUUGUAAGGAUGUAAGAUAUUUAUAUGGACUGUGAUAAUUUAUUUAAGUAAUAUUUUCUGAGUUGUAUUUAUGUGAGGUUUUAUGCCUAUCUCAU